AUGGUCACCGCACCCGCAGCAUCAGCCAUUAGCGCUAUAGAGCGAACAUGCUCAGUACCUAGCCUUCUUGGUUCGCUCUUCAUCAUCGCCACCUUCUGUUCUUCGAAGCUGUUUCAUAAGCCAAUCAGCCGGAUGCUUUUUUACGCCUCUUUUGGCAACAUGAUGAGCAAUGUCGCUACUCUCAUGUCCAAGAGCUUUCUCGAUCAACCAGAUUCUGUCGGAUUCAUGUUUGCAGAUGUCUUUUGGGCCCUAGCCAUGGCGACGAAUGUAUACCUCACGUUCUACCAUCGAUUCGACGGCGUUAGGCUACGUAAAUUAGAGCCACUUCACAUUGGCCUAUGUUAUGGGAUUCCGUUCAUUAUAGGCAUCACCUUUAUAUUUGUAAGGAACAAAGAUGGUCAUCGGGCAUACGGGAAUGCGAACUUGUGGUGCUGGCUUACCGUGGAGUGGGAUGCUUGGCAGCUGGCCACUUAUGGACUGAUAUGGCUGAUUAUUUUUAUCGCCUUUACUAUAUACGUCCGGACCGGGAUUACUAUCUAUAAAUGGAAGAAACGUCUGAAUAGCUUCUCAAAUUCGUACGAACGGAACAUUUCGUCUCAAGUCCCGCAGAAUGCAAAUCCUAUGGUCAUCGCCAAGACUACAAAAAUCACGAUUUCAACAUCAGAUUCUGCACCGACUGGCUUCGACCAGGCUUUUGGAACCGCAACGAGACCCGAGCCUGUCCAUUCAGCAAAUAUUUACACCGGUCCCGCGCAGCCCAUAGCGAAUUCUUCCGACCAAAGCUACAUCAGAUCGCAGCAAUCAGAUCGCAAAGGACGCAGCCCGAGUGACGAUGCAGCUAUGUCAUAUGCCAAGACGGCCCUUCUAUUUUUCACAGCGAUGCUUAUCACUUGGAUUCCUGCAAGCGCGAACCGUCUGUACGUUCUUGUGGACGGCAAGUCAUCCGUGUCGUUGGGAUAUCUAAGCGCAUUUGUACUCCCUCUGCAGGGCUUCUGGAACGCCUUGAUUUACUAUUACACCUCUCGAGCCGCGUGUAAGCAAGUAAUUGCUAGUCUAAGGACUGGGUGCCGCCCUCUGGAGGAAAGCGACGCCAACGGGUCUAGCUUUGCAGACGGAAAUAACGAGCAGGGGUUUCAGCUGGAGCAGGUAAAAACUGCAAAAAGGGGACAAAGCUUUGGGGAUACAGAAAGCACGACAUCGCUAACAGCGAAAGUCUAA